AUGAAUGUGGAACGGGAGUACUCAGUGGUGGGAACCUGGGAGCACACGAAUGAAACCCUUGCCGUUUUAGAGGCUUACGUGCCACGCUAUUUCGCAGAUGCCUCCAAAAUGUAUUACUCGGGCUUGCAUGCCGAUAAGCAAAAUGUUAACCCAAUGAAGCCGCACAUUUCGCAGGAUAUUUUAGAUAUGGUUCGUCGGAAUUUCACACGUGAAAUUGAAUUUUAUCAGUUCUGCCGCCAGCGGUUGCACAAACAGUACUUGGCCAUCAAACUGAACGAUCUCAAGCGAGUGGACAAGUCAUUGGCCAUGUUAAGUGAGGCCAAAGAAAUGGUCAUUAACAACUAGUCUACUUAGAUAUAUAACAAAAUAAAUUAAUAAAAAUGAGAGGAUAUAUAAAUCCUUCAUUUUUAAUUUUUAAAAAAUUCUUUGAAUGGGAAUACUUUCCGGGACUGCUAGUAUAAGCUCUCUUAUAUACUCAGGAAUAUUCUUCAGAAACUUGAAAGCAGAUCAAAUGAAGCUAGUGCCCUUCUCUUAAUCUAUAACUAUCGCUUAUAACCAAACCAACAAAGCUUAGCUAUAAUUUCUUCCUCUUCGAUCCUUCGCACUCUACGGAAUAUACUUUUAAUCGCUUGAAAGUCGGGAAGAAUUGAAAAGGUUGCUGCUUACUAACCAGGAUUAGAAGC